GGGAGGACCUUUGAGAAAGUAAAGUAUUUAGUUCAGUCCACAUCUGACAGAACUAUCUGCUGUGACUGCAACCUGGUCAGGGAGGAAAUUCCAAGGUUUUACCUGUGCACCCCUUCUCUGAGGAUGGACAGUUCUCAUGCUACAAAGUCCUGUGUGCUCAUCCUUCUUGUGGCUCUACUGUGUGCAGAAAGAGCUCAGGGGCUGAAGUGCUACCAUUGUGGGGGGGUCCCACUUGGGACUUCCUGCCCGUCAGUUACCUGCCCUGACCGAGCUAAAUUCUGCACUUUUCUCGUGAUAGAAGAUACUGUGUACUCUCAAAGAAUGAAACUAAAGACCAGUCAGUGCCUUUCUUUCUGCCCUGCUGAUCUUGAAUAUGAACCAGCCCUGGAUCCUUUUGCCAACAUGAAGGUUUCCUGUUGCCAGGAAGACCUCUGCAAUACUGAAGUUCCCACUGGAGGUAGAUGGACCUUGGUAGAGGUCAAUGCUGCAGUUCCCACUGGAGGCAGCACCUGGACCAUGGUAGGGGUGCUUCUGUUCAGCCUGGGCUCAGUCCUCCUGCAGAACUUGCUGUGAUGGCCCUUCCGAUGACCUCCACCCUUGUCCUUUGAUCCACCUGUGUAACCACUGCUUCCUGGAGCCCUCUAGUGAUGAGUUAUGAGUUACAGAAGCGCUGAGGUGGGGGUAGGGGGUGGAACACCUUGUUUCAACUUUAUAGCCCUGCUGGGUGGAUGCCCCACCCCUCUCUAGGGCUUUCAGAUCUGUACUUCCUGGAAUAUGAUUUUGUUGUGCCCUGCUAUUCUUGGUCCUGGAGGCAUGUUUCCAGCAUGGGGAAGAGGCAGAAUUCCAGGGUAUUAUGCCUCCACCAUCCACACACAAGUAUCUGGGGUCCUGCAGGGUUCCCAUGUAUGCCACUUAAUGUCCCCUUUUUGAGUCCAAUAAACCCUUUGUUCUCCCAGUUAA